AAACCCAACGUCACGUAAAUGAACACGUUACAGUUUACAAAUGAUCAAAUACUAUUUUAGUAUAUUAUUGUGCUAUUUAGUUUUUGGGGGCAAACUUUGAUUCACUAUAUAUAUAAUAUGGUAAGCAGAAGCAGCUUUGUAAUGGUUGGAUUUGACCUCUAGUUUGUGUAAAUGAACCAGAGACAAUGCUUUGAACAAAACGUCAUCCUAGUCUCACACACUAAAACACUAUAUAACUUUUUUCUCUCACUCUUAGUUUUCAUCUUAAAUCUGCCAUGCACAGUGCUUUGCCUUUAGGUGACACCUCCAUCUCAAGCUGUGGUGAAUAAACCAUACAAACUAUACGAUUUUACACAAGCUUGAUUGUUUGCGAGUGAAUCCCUGAACUGAGUUACAAUGACCGAGGAAGAUGUUUACACAAAAGACGGAACAGUAGAUUACCGAGGAAAUCGUGCUAACAAAAAUGAAACUGGAACCUGGAGAGCCUGCCCCUUUAUUUUAGGAAAUGAAUGUUCUGAGAGAUUGGCAUACUAUGGGAUGAGCACAAAUCUUGUGACUUAUUUCAAUACUAAACUAAACCAGUCUGGUCCUACUGCAUCCAAGAAUAAUGCAAAUUGGGGUGGAACAUGCUACAUCACUCCAUUGAUUGGAGCAUUUGUGGCUGAUGCCUAUCUUGGAAGAUAUCGUACCAUCCUUUAUUUUUCCAUAGUUUAUGUUAUUGGAAUGACACUCUUGACACUGUCUGCAUCAGUUCCUGGCAUAAAACCAAGUUGUGAUGAUCAAGGUAAUUGCCAUGCUACUGAGGCACAGAGUGCAAUGUGCUUUGUGGCACUUUACCUAAUAGCUCUUGGCACUGGUGGGAUCAAGCCUUGUGUCUCAUCAUUUGGUGCAGACCAAUUUGAUGAUGCUGAUGAAGCUGAGAAGGAGCACAAGAGCUCUUUCUUCAACUGGUUCUACUUGUCAAUAAAUAUUGGUGGUCUUGUUGCUGCUUCUUUGUUGGUGUGGGUACAAACUACUGUAAGUUGGGGGUGGGGAUUUGGCAUUCCAGCAGUGGCCAUGGCAAUUGCUGUGGUGAGCUUCUUAUCCGGUACGAGGCUGUAUCGGAUUCAGAAGCCCGGUGGUAGCCCCCUCACUCGCAUGUGUCAGGUUAUAGUGGCAUCCAUAAGAAAGAGUAAGGUUCAAGUAACUAAUGAUGAUAGGUCUGCAUUUUAUGAGAUAGAACAAGACUCAGAGUCAGCUAUCCAAGGAAGUCGCAAGCUUGAACAUACAAAUGGAUUAAGCUUCUUUGAUAAAGCAGCAGUUAUAAGAGAUUCAGACAAUGUGAAGGACCCAAUAAACCCAUGGAGACUUUGUACUGUGACUCAAGUGGAAGAGCUGAAAGCCAUUAUAAGAUUGCUUCCUAUUUGGGCCACUGGCAUCAUAUUUUCUACUGUUUAUAGUCAAAUGGGAAGCUACUUUAUACUGCAAGGGGACACCAUGGACAACCGUUUGGGCAGCAACAAGAAGUUACACAUCUCACCAGCCACUCUUUCUGUCUUUGAUACCAUCAGUGUCAUCUUUUGGGUGCUAGUGUAUGACAGGAUUAUUGUGCCGGUAGCAAGAAAGUUCACUGGCCGCGAAAAUGGCCUAACUCAGCUCCAAAGAAUGGGCACUGGCCUUUUCAUAUCCAUAUUUGCUAUGGUGUAUUCGGUAAUCUUGGAGAAUAUUAGACUUAAAAUGGUGAGAAGGCACAACUACUAUGACCUUAACCAGGUCCCCAUGUCACUAUUUUUGCAGAUUCCACCAUAUUUUAUCAUAGGUUGUGCUGAAGUGUUCACAUUCAUUGGUCAAUUAGAGUUCUUCUAUGAGCAAGCACCUGAUGCCAUGAGAAGCACAUGUUCUGCUCUCCAACUCCUCACUGUUGCAUUUGGGUCCUACUUGAGCUCUUUACUCAUUACAAUUGUGACUAAGAUCACUGCUAGGAAUGGAAGUCCUGGAUGGUUACCUGACAAACUAAACUAUGGUCACCUUGAUUAUUUCUUCUUGCUGUUGACAGUGUUAAGUGUGCUGAACUUUGUUGUGUUCCUUCUGGUGUCAAAGUUGUAUACAUAUAAAAAACCGGUUGGAACUCUUCACUAAAUAGCUAUGAAGCACGGACACCUUUUUUAUUCAAAAUGUGUCCUGUUCCAACACCGACACUUGUUCUUCACUUUUUAUUAAGUUUUCAAUUUAAAAAUGAUUUUUUUUUGCUUCAA